AUUUGGUGAAUCCCGAUUCACAACAACAGAAAUAAAAUGAAAUAAAAAAGAAGAUAACGCAAUUUGAGGAGUCGGAGUCGUCCUAGUCUUCCUAGUCGUCGUCAGACGCCAACUUUGUCCAUCUGCAACUCUCUCCGUCUCCGAGUGUGUGUUUGUGUGAAAUCAUGAUCUUUGUUGAUGGGCAUCUCUCUUCCACAGACUCUUCUGCAUCGCCUCAGGGACGGGAUAUUCUGGUUGCUCUAUUGGAACACCCUGCUUUGGUAGAAGCCUCAGCUUCGUUCAAGGCUAUCCCGGAGAGGAGGUUCUCUGUACGUGAAGAGUCAGUUAUGGAGGCAACGCCACCCGGUAAAUGGGUUUAUUUGUUCCAGAGAGAAUAUGCAACUGUUGAUCCGGCAUUUGUGGAUUUUGUUGGAACUGAUGAAGCAACGACCUGUAUCGGUGUGGCCAUUCGGAAUCCGAGAAAUGGAAUGACCUCGGUUGCUCAUAUGGAUUCUCCAAACAUUGUGGAUAUGGGUCUGUCCCAGAUGUUGUCACUCCUCGUUGACCAUAACAAGGACAUGGAGUUAGAUGUGCAUCUAGUCGGUGGAUUUGAAGAUGUUUCAACUAAUCAUGGUAACUACAACACUACAUCAGAAAGUCAGGAAAACAUGGAUGGUUAUUCCUUUCCUUUAGGUGCCAAAAUUGUUGAAACUUUAUGGAAGAGACCGGAGAAAUUCCAUAUACGUACUCUCUGCAUUCUUGGGCAUAACACUAGAAGGGAUCCCGAGGGAAACGCGUACCCAAACUUCAAUGGGUUCAUGGUAGGAACUUCCAACGGAUCUAUUACCCCAGCUAUCUUUGACAAAACCUCAAGAUGUCCUGAUGAAGUUGUCAGGAGAAUUCGAGUUUCUGUAUCAUACAAGGACCCUAGUUGGAAGGGAAAGUUACUGGAAACAUAUGAUACUCAAACUGAUCGAUUCAAGAUAGCUCCAUGUUGCUGGACACUGCAGCAGUUACACUUUGCUUUAUCAUUACAACGUUAUUCUGAUUCAGAAAUCCUCAUCAUGUGUUCUACUUCACCUUCUGCUGAGAACCCAGAUUUUGUGGCGAAUAUGAGAAGGUACGCACAAUCAAAGGCAUUGGGACUACCUAAUCAAACACCCAGAUUGGAGAGAAACCUUUCCUAUGAAGCAGCCACGCAUAUUUGAGAGGACUGCCGAAGGAGGCUGGAGAAAGCCACAAGGUGCUGAUACAUUAAUCAGUAGGAGUUUCUAGUUAUUUUGCAACCUUCCCAUGUCUCUAAUUCGUAAGUCCCCCAUUUAUUGGCAAACCAACUCAAUCAUUAUAGAUGACCAUGCAGCAAAUUGGAACUAUCAUGUUCUCAGCCUUUAAAAGAAGGGUGUAAGUUGGUAACUCGUCGCAGUGUUAGCUGUUUUUGUUGGCGAUUGCUUGUUGAUAACUGAAUACUUAUGUGGCAACUGAAGGAUCUGGUUGAUAACUAUAUUGUUUUUCGUUUUUAAUUUUCACUUUUUGCGCUUGA